AACAGCUGCUUUGAUAAGAUCUGGAGAUACUGUGGUUUUGUCCUGCCAAUGUUUGAUUAGUGGUCAAACAAACUGCAAUGGCACCACAUGGGUCUUUAGUUCAAGGAGCUCCUCAGUAGAGCUGGUCACACUCGGAAAGAUUGACCCAAAUCUGCAAAGUAAGUCAAACAAACUGAGUUUAGAAAGCUGUUCUCUGGUAAUAAGGAAUGUCAGAGUGGAGGAUGCUGGUCAUUAUCAUUGCCAACAAUACAAAUCUGGAAACAAAUCCCAUCCUCACAUCCUGGUUCAUCAGUCUGGAGUUGAUCUGUCUGUUGUCCACAUAACUAAACAAAGGGACAGAGAUAAGGUGACAUUAACUUGUUCUGUGAAGACAUAUGGACGGUGUGAUUACAAAGUGAAGUGGCAGCAUAACUGUACUGCUGGAGCUAAAGAUGUGAAACACUGUGAGUCAAAACAGCCUGACUGCUCUGCUGCAGUUUGUUUUAUUAAGCAGUCCUACAUGCAGAGGUGUGAGUUCAGCUGUGAAGUCACACAUGGUGGAACCAGUCAGCUCUUCAACUUUAACGAUCCAUCCCGUCAAAUUAAAUCAGUAUCUUUGUCUGAAGUUGAAACAAAAGCUGAAGCCACAUGCAGCCCAACCAGAGAAGUAGAAGGAAGCACAGAACCAGUUCCAACCACAACAGACUCAUCAUCUAUUGGAGUUGAAACAAAAGCUGAGACCACACACAGCCCAACCAUAGAAAUAGAACAAAGAACAGAACCAGGUCCAACACCAACAGAGUCAUCAUCUAAUGGAGUUGAAACAAAAGUUGUGACCACACAAAGCCCAACCAGAGAAAAAGGAAAAACAACAAAACCAGGUCCAACCACAACAGAAUCAUCAUCUAAUGGGGCUCCAUACAUUGCAGCAGCUGUGGUUUUAGUCAUCCUCUUCAUAGUCGUUGGCUCAGUUAUCACAUGGAGAAUGAAAAAGGAUGGACCCAAAUACAACCAAGAUAGAGAGGAACGCAGGCAGUCUGGGUCAGACAGAUACAGAAAUCCAGGGGUUCAGAGGAGGAACAGAGAGGAUAUCCAGACUGGCGGACAGAGUCAGAAUGGGAUCAGGCAGGCUCGAUAUCAGGAGACAGAAUGA